GGAGCUAGCGCGGUGGCGGCUGUGCCCUGGCGGUGGCGCUGACUCAGCUGCCGCUGGGCACCGGCACGUUCCGUGCGUACGGCGGGAAGCGCUGACGCUGUACGUAGCGCCGGCGUGUGUGUGACGCAGUUGCCCAUGGUAACCCCGGAGCCGCGCGGAGGAUGGGUUUACUAUCAAUCCUGCGUAAACUGAAAAGCACCCCAGACCAGGAGGUGAGAAUCCUCCUCUUGGGACUGGAUAAUGCAGGCAAGACCACACUCCUGAAACAGCUGGCAUCUGAGGAUAUCAGCCACAUCACACCAACACAGGGCUUUAACAUCAAAAGUGUACAGUCUCAAGGCUUCAAGUUGAAUGUGUGGGACAUAGGCGGACAGAGGAAGAUCAGGCCAUAUUGGAGGAACUAUUUUGAAAACACUGAUAUCCUUAUCUAUGUCAUUGACAGCGCAGAUAGGAAGAGGUUUGAAGAAACGGGUCAGGAGCUGGCAGAGCUUUUGGAUGAAGAAAAGCUCAGUGGAGUCCCCGUGCUCAUAUUCGCUAACAAGCAGGAUCUGCUGACGGCUGCCCCUGCUUCAGAGAUUGCCGAGGGACUGAACCUACACACAAUCCGGGACAGAGUCUGGCAGAUCCAGUCUUGUUCAGCUCUCUCAGGAGAGGGAGUACAGGACGGCAUGAAUUGGGUGUGCAAAAAUGUCAGUGCUAAGAAGAAAUAAAGCAUUCUGAGCUGCAUGGAAAUGGAGGAGCGGUGGGAGCAGAAUUCUAGCCCGAAAACACUAAUUUGCUGCUUUCUGACCAAAUGUUUUUCCAUCUGUGCACAGCUACAGCUGUUAAAAGGGGGAAAAAAAAGAAAAGAAAAAUAGGAAGAAAAUGGGAACAUCAUUGGUUAAAACUUACUGCUGGAUUUGGAACUUGACCUGCUCUUUAUUGGUCUCAGUUUUUACCCCAAUAAAGGAAUGAUAUGUUUCCUCUGUAUGCAUAAUAGUAUUAAAUGCUAAUUAGCAAGCAAGUUUGUAAGCAGGAGCAAAACUGUGAUUCAGUGUGGAGCAGGAGUGGAGAAUUACUGCAGUUGCUUAGGUUCAUAGGACCUGCCCUAUACAUGCGGGUUUGUGAUUGCUGAGAACACGCUCUGGUGUCAGUCACAGCUUCUCCUCCGUGACAGAUAAAAUCCAGUUGUGUUACCAAUUGUGGGUAGUUUCUUAAAAUAAAGCUGCUAAGGAGUCAUUUUUGUAACAAGGGUAGAUGAUUUCCACAUACUCGUAUAGCCAUAAAAGAGGAGUUUGAUCAUAAUGAGGCACUGUUGCAUCGCAACACCGCUGUAGAAGGGAGAGAAGGGUUGUAUGUGUAUAACUGAGGCUCUUUACAGUUGGAAUAAUGCAGGAUGAGUGUGCCUAGGGCUUUUCUCACAGCUGAAGGAGAAUUUAGCCCAUCAUUUCACCUUGAGCCAGCAAAAACGUGGUUCCUGUGUUCAGCAAGUUCCAUAUGUGAGACUGGUCUUGAUGUUGAGCAAUCCCUGUUGUUUUUCCCUCGAUGUUAAGGCAACUCUGCAGCAAAAUGCAAUUAAGUCCAUGAUUACUUUCUAGAAUGAGAUACCAGGUCCCAGGUUUCCUUUUUGAAGUAUGCAAAAUGUAUUCUUCUAUCCCACACACCCUCCUUCCUUGGCAAGACUGCCCCACAGCAAGCUGUCUGUCCAGGGCCUGAAGUCCCCCGCAGCCUGGUGCCGGAUGUGUAUUGCCCUAGUGCAGGGUGAGGAGCUUGAUGAGCAGCAGAUGGGAAACACACUUUGAAAUGAGGAUUCAUCCUUCCCCAGACUGGCUUUCUUCUAACAGGGUGUAGUUGCUGAAAGAGGAAAGAGAACACGUUUUCCAUCUCCUCAUCCCCGAUUCAAAUCUAGCCCCAGCUGAUUGUGGGCAGGAGUCAUUAGCACGCCAAAGCAGCCAUGUCCUGCAUGAAGUGAGCUUGGUGACUCCUGGGCCAGUUUCUAAUGCACAGAUGGUAAAAUAAUCCCAGUGCCCUGCUUGCCAGCUUUGUUUGCUGCCUGCCUGUGAAAGGCCAGAGAAUGACUGGGGACUGCAUUGCCCCAUCCACCUCUUGGAGGCAGAGCGAGGGGCAGCGUGGGGAAAGCUGCGUGUACUACAGCAUGUGGCUUUACCACGCGUCAGCGAGUUGACUCAUAGACCCAGGCAGAAGGCUGACACUCUUGGUGCUCCCAGCUCUUUGCUCCUCCCUUCCUCUGGACGUCUCCACCUUAGGGCAGAAACAUCUGCACUGUAUGUGAAGCAGCCCUUGGCUGCCUAUGUUGCUGCAGCCCUGCAGAUUUAAAUCAUCAGAGGCUUGUACUGGGUCGUGUGCCCCCCCUCCCUCCUCCCCGCCAUCCCCCAUACAUCGGGCGGUACAGUAGCAGUUCAGGGGUUGAUCGGCAUAUAGUUCAGCUGUCUGCUGUGGCUGGGGGCAGGGGGACAGCUGGGAGAGCAACUGCUUUAGCAAUCCAACUUUAAUCUGCCUGCGUCUGUGAGUCAGCACCCUCUGAGUGCAUCUGUCUCCUGCACCGAGGCAGGACAUGCAUGCUGGAGUAGCACAGCCUUGCUUUAAAAAACAGACGACUGGAGGGGGAGAAGGAGCAGGCUGAAGUGCACUGUUAAGCAAUCGCUAAUGACACGAAGUGAAACAGCUCCAGCUUUGCAUGGAUUGAGUAAGGAGUCAUAAGAUGAGGAGAAAUGUUCAUUUAAACGUAGCUCAUUCAGUGACUCCUCAUCUGCAAAAGCUUACUGGGAACCCCAGGAAUCAGCACCGCCUGUUCCUGGGUCAGCCCAAGGAAGAGAAAGGGCAGCAGCACUUUUCCCGUGCACUUAAUGCAUUUGCCCUAUCCAAACACCUUGAGGAACUGCAGCCCUUUCCUGCUUGCACACUGUGCUGGCCCACUGGCAGAGCUUUGUGACAGGUACUCUUGAGCUUUGUAUUUGCCCACACUGCAUGCCAGAUGCAGAGUGAAAUGUUUGGUACCUCUCCCAUGGCCCAGGCAGGACAGAGUAAAAUCACCUUGGGAGCUGAGUUUGUGCUUCCCUGCUCCCUGUUUUUAUGCCAGUGUCAAACUGACACCCCAGCUGUGCCGCAGCUAGCUUUCUGGAUCCAAAAUGCAUCUGGGAGUUUAAUUUGUUUUUUUCAGACUCACUUUGGUUAAACUUGGAAAUGUGUGUGAAAUAAAUAUGUGUAAUUUUCCUAGUGCUCCAAUUUGAAAGGGAAAAUUGCCUUGCUGAACUUAGGAUCCUGAAGCGUUUGCUGGCUCAUUGGUUAUGUUUGCAUGUAUCGGUUGUGUGCGUUUGUACCAGCCUUGUAAUCCAGGUGGUUAAUUUGGUUUACCUGUGCCAGGUAGUGAAAGAGGAACACCAUGACAGAGCGAGCUGGGCUGUGAGGAUGAAGGUGGAGGGUUAAAAUGAUCAUGACUUAAAUAAAUCACCUUGCAAUGA